ACUGUGUUUGACCUGAAGACUGACAUUCCUCCGGAGAGUCGACCUGUCAGGACACGACUGGAGGCCUCCGAGUCAACAGCACAUGCUCGCCCCUUGUUUACCUGCUCCACUUGUUUCUUUUGUCUUUUUCCACGAGACAUGUCUGCGCUUGAGCUGGAAGCCCCGUUGUUUGUCACUCUGCAUUCCUCGCUGGAAGACUGAGAGUCCAGGAACGAGUGAGGAUGACACACUUGGAAUAACACUCCAGGAACUUGGUGGAAAGGAGUCCUUCGCAAGAAUGCCGGUGGAGGCCCUCAAGAAGCCGAUAAGACCGCCAGCAAGAAAUGUGGUCAAUGCUACGUACCCGCGACUGAAACCCAAGGGGCCUGUGGGUCCAGACUUUUUCCGCCGGUUUCCACCUGCCACAGUGGGUCCGAGGCAGAGCGCUGUGGAGCGUCUGGAGGCGGACAAGGCCAAAUAUGUCAAGAGUCAGCAGGCUCUUUCCAAGCCGCCGUCUGUUCGGCCGCCUGAUUCGCGGCAACCACUGCUCAGCCCCGGUUCUGCUUCUCGACCCACGAAAAAGACUCCCACACAGCCAAAACCUAAACAGGAGGGCGUCCAGCUCAACCUGGAGCAUCUCAGCAGCCUGAUCAGUGAUGUGAACGAUGAACCGGCGUCCGCUCCCAGCCCUGAGAGAACCACAGCGCGCAACAGAGAAGGGCCGCCUGUGCCGACCCGAAACUGGUCCAGCGUGGCUAAAGUCAGAUUGAAGGCGUCCACGCCGGUCAAAGUUGAAGGGACUCCUCCUGUCGGGACUAUACGCAGGGUGGAUGUGAAACCCAUGGCCAGUCCGGUGAGGACACCCACCAGGCCGCCCCAGUUCAUCCGCCAGCCGCUGCAACCCAUUCCACUGCACCCACAAUUCCCACUCCGCCCUGCUACUUCUCACCGACGCCUCUUCCCACUCCGACCGACGCCCUCUCCCCUGAAACCAGUCGUGCCUCAUUCUGAGCCGGAAGACUCCCCUCCUGCUCAACCCGCUGUAGCUUCCCCCCCUAGCAUCAAAGUGUUGGCUCCCCCAUCCCCAGCUUUCACCCGUUUAUCCUCCUCCAGCUCCAGGAAGCGACCCUCCCUCACACGCUCCAAGUCCGACAUGAGCGACCGCUUCUCCAGAGCCGGAACGGAGCUGGAGCGCUUCUUCAAUCUGUGUGGCCUGGACCCGGCCGACCUGCAGGAGCUGACCGGCUCCAGCUCCGACAUUGUAUCGCUCGCUCGAUUCCGCAGUGUGAGCGCGCCAGGGUCGGAGUGCGCAGGCUCUGACAGGCAGGAGGAUGAUGGUGAUGAUGAUGACGAUGAAGGAAAGGCCACUGAGCGGGUCCCAUAUGGAGUUUCUGUGAUCGAGCGGAAUGCCCGAGUGAUUAAAUGGCUCUACGGAAUCCGGCAGGUGAAAGACGCCUCCCCGAAGAACACCAACCUUUGACCUUCAUGUUUCAUUAGCUGUGACUCACACUCCCAUCGCUGCUGUGAAAGAAACUCUGGCUGAGCAGGAUUUUCACCUCAGUAAUUUCAGCACUGUAGUGUGCCAUUCCUCCAGUGUGUUUUUCUACACGUUUCCUAUUGAACAACAUAGGAACCAUCAAGUGUGUUUUUAAAUGUUCUUCAUGGUGUUUAACUGUCCGGAAGUUGCUGCUCUGUGAACAUUAAAGA